UCCAGUUGGAGGUGGCGGGGGGGAGGAGCGGCUCCGAGCUCGCGGACGGGGCAGGAUGGCGGCGACGCAGGCCCAGGCCCAGGCCCAUUCUGGGGUGGCGACAGUCGGUAAGGAUGAUUUGAAUCUGUUAAAUCCUGAGGGCAUUGAUGACGAUGAAGAGUUGAACGAUGGUGAGGUGAACGGGAAUGGGACACUUCAGGAAAAGGUGCUGCAUGAAGCGCGCAUCAAGGCAAAAGCUAAGCGGCGGUUGAGGCGCAAUUCGUCACGAGACUCCACACGGGAGUCAGUGUCAGAAGGUGGUGAGCCAGGCACGGACCCAAACAGCCCCAAAGGAAAGCUCAAUGACCGGAAAUCUCGGUCUGGAAAAGGACGAGGACUUCCAAAGAAAGGUGGAGCUGGCGGGAAGGGUGUAUGGGGUGCAGCUGGAGUUAUUUAUGAUUAUGAAGAACCUGAUGCUCGUGAUCCCAACUAUGAUGAUGCUGCCCAGGGCAAAACAGUGUACGGGACAAUGGUCCCAGAACUGGAUGAAAAUGCACUGCAGAAGACCGUGACUCCAAUUGUAAAGGAGUACUUUGAGCAUGGAGAUGGGCGUGAAGUGGCGGCACUGCUGCAGGAACUGAACCUGGGCAAGAGAAAGCAUGAAGUUCCUUCUCUUGCGGUCUCGCUUGCAUUAGAAGGCAAGGCAAGUCACCGGGAGCUGACAUCCCGGCUUCUCUCUGACCUCCUGGGGAAAGUCCUUACAGCUGAUGAUGUUGCCAAGGCCUUUGAUAGGAUGUUGAAGGAUCUGCCUGAUCUUAUUCUUGAUACACCUGAAGCUCCGCAGGUACUCGGCCAAUUUAUCGCCAGGGCAGUUGCAGAUGAUGUGUUGCCGUCAAACUUUCUCGACAGUUAUAAAGGGAGAGUGAAUUGUGAUCAUGCACGUGCUGCUUUGGAUCGUGCUGCUGUCCUUUUGAGUAUGAAGCGUGGCGUUGGAUUGGACAACGUCUGGGGAGUGGGCGGAGGGCAGCGACCUGUUAAACAUCUCAUCAGAGAGAUGAACUUCAUAUUGAAAGAGUUCCUGCUCUCUGGAGAGCUGGCGGAAGCCGAGCAUUGCCUCCGUGAUUUGGAGGUGCCACAUUUCCAUCAUGAGCUUGUUUACGAGGCUGUUAUCAUGGUGCUGGAGUCAACUGGAAACACAGCAGCAAAGAUGGUAAAGCUGUUGAAGAUGCUGUGGGAGAGUGGGCUCGUCACACUGGACCAGAUGAACAGGGGCUUCCAGCGAGUGUUUGAUGAGUUACCAGACAUAAACUUGGAUGUCCCGCUUGUCCACACAAUUCUGGAGAAAUUCUUAGACCUGUGUGUUCAGGAAGCCGUUAUAACCAAGCAGCUUCGUGACAGCUGUCCUUCACGAGGCCGUAAGCGUUUUGUGAGUGAGGGAGAUGGUGGACGUGUCAAGGAGUAAGACCUCACUCUGUGCAUUUGGCGGUCAGAUCCUCAACGCACAUCAGAUUUUACCAGGUUUUUUGAUCAUAUUUCUACAUGAAACACCAAAGACUCAGCAGGGGUUUGGACUGAUUUGCGGUAACAGGUGGCAACAGCAAUUGCAGAAGUGGCCUCUUGUAUUCUCUCUCAGCAGGCACUUUGUUGUAAUUGUCUGCAUUCACCAGAUAAGGGGCAGUUUAUCUGUCCUCUCCAGGGGCUGAUUAACUCACUGGGUCUGCAUCCAAAACGAAUUGAAUCUCCAGAUGCCUUUAAAACUGUUUAGGGCAGAAGUGGAGAAAUUGCUGAUUUCACAGUAGCUUUUAAAUGAACCGGGGAGUCACAUUUGAGAUGAUUUCCUUUUUCCACCUUCCCUUAAAACGCUGGCAAUGUUGAUCUUUAUCUGAUAGCUUUCUUAUCUUUAGUACUUUGCAUCGCACAUACCUAUUGGUCUGGCUCCAGAGUGAAUGGCUUUAGAAGAUGGAAUUUCUCAUAAUUCUGAGUGUUGGAAGGAUGAAAUCAUUAACUAAGAGCCAUAAACCAGCCACUGGGAGAGCAGGCAGCAAUCAUAUAAUGUACCUCACUCUGGGAGGGUUCACAGCCUGCCCCGAGACAGUGAGAGGGCAGCAUUAAAUAGUAGCUCCUUGUCAUGUCAGAGUUGCCUGGUUAUCACUGUUCUAGAAAACUUAGCGGCAGGACUCCUGUGGUGCUGAACCAAAGGGCCCAAGUUCAAGCCCCAACUGGGGGCUGUGCAGGAAAACUGUGUCAUGAUGAUUUGGCUGUGUCCAGUCUGUUAGUGGGUAUGUAUUACGGAGUUCAGAUUCCAGUAACCUCUCUGACAUCGUAUGGGGAAAGGGGCUACAAUUUAUUGGGGUGCGGCAUGCCUCUAAGAUUUAUUUGUUGUGCAUGGCCCAAUCUCUUCAAUGCGUGACCCUUUAAAAUAUUUUUGCACUUAUGUUAUUUCUUGCAAAACUGGUUUUCUCCUGUACCUACGGCAUUAGCAAAAUCCCCGGUGGUGGUGGUGAAGAUGCUUAGACCAAAUUGCACUCUAUUAGAGAGGUGAAUGGUUUAGAAAAGAUUGAAUGAGAUUGCUGAUAUCCAUGUCUUACGGGGGAAACUGGGUUUUGUCUCCAAUGGGAAAUGCUUUUAAAAAAAAAUUGGAUAUGGAAUAAAGAUGAUCCUUCAACCCAUGAUCUUUACUCCGUUUUCCAUGUGCAGUCAAUCUACUGUACUGAUAAAUGGCCACAGAAGUGACUUCAACAGGAAAUACAUCACAUAACUUGAUAGUGAGAGGAAAACCAGCAAUGUCAUAUCCUUCAGUGAUAAUGGGAACUGCAGAUGCUGGAGAAUCCAAGAUGACAUAGUGUGGAGCAACACAGCAGGCCAAGCAGCAUCUCAGGAGCACAAAAAUUGACAUCCGCUUUUGUGCUCCUGAGAUGCUGCUUGGCCUGCUGUGUUCAUCCAGCUCCACACUGUCAUAGCCUUCAGUCUGCUUUCUCUUCCCGAGUCUUAUGGUGGUUUGGAAGACGCUUGUUAGAUGUUCCCUGUCACUAUGGUGGUCCUUACACCUGAUGACCCUCCAUCAGGAUGCUUUUGGGAUCAGAGGCAAUGGUGUAGCAAGAAUGUCACUAGACGAGGGGAUCGAGAACCUCAAGCCAAUGUUCUAGGACGUAGGUUUGAAUCCACCAUGGAAGAUGGUGAAAGAAAUAAAACAGAACUGUCCACGCUGCAGCAGAUUUUUUUCUUUAUUCAUAAACAAGAUGAGGGUAUCACUGACCAGGCAGCAUUUAUUGUCCAUCCCUAAUUGCCCAGAGGGCAUUUAAGAGUCCACAUUGCUGUGGGUCUGGAGUGACAUGUAGGCCAGACCAAGGUAGGAUGGCAGUUUCCUUUCCUAAAGGACCUCAGUGAACCAGAUGGGUUUUUCUGACAAUCAACAGUGCAUUCAUGGUCAUCAUUAGAUUCUUUGCUCCAGAUUUUGUUUUUAAUUCAAACUCCACCACCCGUUGUGUUAGGAUUUGAACCUCGGUCCCCAGAAUGUUAUCUGGGUCUCUUGAUUAACAGUCCAGUGACAAUACCACUAGGCCAUUACCUCCCCAGAUAACCAAAUUGAUCUGUAAAUGUAACUUAUAAAUGUGUGGAUUAGUUCUGUCUUCUGUAUAGAGAACUCAAAUAGUCACCCUAAUCCUAUUAAGCAUCAUUAUAAUUUCUAGGAACUAUGUCUUGUCAUCUGUCAAGCUUCUUGAACAUACCUCAUCAAGCCAAUAGCAUUUUACCUUAGUGUGUUGUAGAAUCCUUGCUCAGCAAAGUACUGCUUUAUCAACUGAAAAGACGACUGCUGAUCAUCGUGCUUCUGACAUAUGGAGGGAAGGUCAUUGAUACAGCAGCUGAAGUUAUUUGGGUGUAAGCCACUACCCUGAAGAAUUUUAGCAGGGAUGUCCAUGAGCAAUCAUGUCUCACUAACUUGAUUAAAGUAGUAACAGAGGAUUGAUGAGGGCAGAGUGGUGGACAUGAUCUAGGUAGACUUCAGUAAUGUGCUCAACAAGGUUCCUCAUGGCAGACUGAUUAGCAAGGUCAGAUCACAUGAAUACAGGGAGAACUACCCCUAGAAGAGACAGGGUGGUGGUUGCUUUUCAGACUAGAGGCCUGUGUCCAGUAGAGUGCUGCAAGGAUCGAUGAAUUCUACUGCUUUUUGUUGUGCCAAUGGGCUGAGGAGUGGCAGAUGGAGUUUAAUUUGGAUAAAUGAGGCACUGCAUUCUGGAAAAGCAAAUCAGGGCAUGGCUUAUACACAAUGGUGGUGGGAGGUGUUGCUGAACCUCAGUUCCAUAAAAGAGUUGCAGGUAGAUGGGAUAGUGAAUAAGGUGUUUGGUACACUUCCCUUUCACUGGUCAGUGCAUUGAGUACAGGAAUAAGGAGGUUAUGUUGCAGCUGUGCAUGAUAUUGGUUUUGCUCCUUUUGGACUAGUGUGCAGUUCUGCACUCUCUGCUCGAUGAAGGACAUUGUGAAACUUGAAAGGGUUCCGAAAAGAUUUACAAGGAUGUUGUCAGGGCUGGAGGGUUUAAGCUGAGGGGUGACCUUUAGAGGUUUUUAUAAAAUCACUAAGGGCAUGGAUGUGAAUAGCUAAGGUCUUUUCUUUAGGCUAUGGGAGUUCAACCAAGAGGGCAUUUUUUCACACUGAGGGUGGUGCAUAUAUGAAAUGAGCUGCUGAAAGAAGUAGUGGAGGUGGGUGCAACAUUUAAAAGCCAGCUGGAUGGAUACAUGAAGAGGAAGUAUUUAGUGGAAUAUGGGCCAAAUGCUGACAAACAGGAAACAGAUUAGUUUCGAUAUUUGGUCAGCAUGGACAAGUUGGACCAAAGGGUCAGUUUCUGUGCUAUUCAGCUCUGACGUUCUCACUCUUUGACCAGAGUUACCUUUUGGCUCUCAUGCAGUUAGCACAUGAAGAGGGAGGCAACUUUGCCCUGUUCGCAAUGACAACUCACUCAGCUGACAGUUUUUCACUCUAGUUGCAGUGGUGAGUGAAUUCCUUUGAGUUAAAAGGUUACCGGUCAUGUCCUGCUCACUUGAUGAGAGUCCACAAUUUGAUUUGUUGUUGUCACAUAUACCUGAAUACAGUGAAGAAUUUUGUUUUGCAAGCAGUACAGGCAGAUGAUAACAUAUAAGGACAUAGGGUGUUUAAACCUAGGCUGAUUCUGGGGUUGUUAGGUAUCACUAGACAGGGGCAUCAUCUGUUGACCAUCUCUGCCCUUGAACAGGGGCUUACUGAGAGUCCAGAGUCACAUGUAGGCCAGAUCAUGUACAAACAGCAGAUUUUAUCCACUGUAAGAACACUAGUGAAUCAGAUAGCUAUAUUAGAUGGAUACUGAAGAUUCCAUGGCUUAAAAAAGCAAGUGAGUUCAACAGACUUCUAGUUAACAUUUAUCCUUCAUUUUUUCUGCAACUAUGUUUCUUUCCCACCAGAAAAAUUGCUGACACUUUUGCUUUUAUCCUAUUAAUCCCCCCUAGUAAGCGCUUGUAAGUAUUUAAUAGGCUACACAAGUAAAGCCCACAAGGGGCAAUGCAGACCAUCUAACAUGAAGAGGAAGAGAGUCAUUUAUCCAUUAAUCAGCACUGGUUUGUUGAGUUCUUGCUGUGCUCAAAUUAGCUGCCACUUUAACAGGAACUACAUUCAAAAGUACUUUAUUAGCUGUAAAGCACUUUAGGAUAUCCUGAGAUCAUAAAUGAAAUAUUUACAUAUGUCACACUUAUGACAAUGGGCAACGAAGCAGGUGUUGUCCAUCCCUCCUUGCUGUGUAUUAAAGUAGUAACCACAACCAGGACAGAGGGGAUGAGAAGAGGGUAAAAUAGCAGCUGCUAUCUCUGCAUGAGUGACAGCAAUAUACAACAGAAGGAACAAAAACCCAAGUUGCUGGAAAAACUCAACAGGUCUGGCAGCAUUUGUGAAAACAAAUCAGUUAACAUUUCCGCCAGACCUGCUGAGCUUUUCCAGCAACUUUAAUUUUUGUUCCUGAUUUACAGCAUCCACAGUUUUUUCAGUUUUUAUUAUACAACAGAAGUAGAUAGACCAAGAGGAGACCAUUUGGCUGAUGUGCUAGCUCUUUGUAAGUUCUAAUUAAUUCAACUCAUUACA